CUUCCCUCGACGGUCGCAACAGGAAGACCCUUACCGGGUUGCAUUUUGUUGUGGAUAACACCUUUCCACGUCCUUCACUUGUAAAAUGUACUAUAAAUUCAGCGGAUUCACACAGAAACUGACGGGAGCGGCUCCUGCCACCGCCUACAGCCCUCAGGGGCUGAGGCCGGGGGUGCCUACAGAGUCGCCGACCAUGAUCUUCGCCACACCCACCAAAAUAGUGUCAGAGGGCAGCGCCGUGGCAGAGUUCAUGGGCAAAAACAAGGUGGCGGAUCUGCAGAAGAUAUUCCAGACGGCCGACAGCAUCCCCGUCCAUUUGAAAGGAGGAAUCCCAGACAGACUACUGUACCGCACCACCAUGGCCCUGACCAUCGGAGGCGCUAUGUACUGUCUGGUGGCUCUGUACAUCGCAGCCCAGCCUCAGAAUAAGUGACCAACGCAAGAUUCAGGGUGAGAGGGAUCCAGCUUCGACUUGUUGCUGCUGCGUCGCCUGUGAAAUCAAGUUUUCAUCAUCACAUGAUUUGCCGCCAGUUAAGACUCUUAGGAAUCACGAUGAUGACGAUCAGAGGUCAUCGGGGUCGGAGCAACGCAUAAAUUAUAGUGUUUGUUUUCUGUGUACAAAAAGAGUUCUACGUCAAUAAAAUUUAACAAUAAAACAGUC